GUGAAACUUGGCUUCGGUCGGUAGCAAGUUCCGAGAAAUAUCUUGCGGUUUCCUUGGUUUCUGCUACCCAACGAGGAACGGGUGAACCAAUCAUGAAUUUGCUGCUUCAGGAGGAUAAUUCUGACAUCUUCACGGCCUUCUUCGGUGAUGAAACCUCUUUUGGAGAUCUUCCCCGCUGGUGGUUCGAGAUGGACUUUUCCGAGGAUUAAGGCGCAAUACAUUUCUUCAUUUCCAAGGGUCACAUUUCCCUCUGUUCCCUUCUUGGGAGUCAGAAGAAGCGAGGUGAAGGAAUGAAUUCUUUUGAGCUCUAAGAAGAGGAGGAGGACAAUGGGAG